GCCAAUCACCGCGGCGGGGGCCCGGAAGCGCCCGUGCACGUGGAGGGCUGAGCCCAUGGCGGCGCCGCUGCGCGGCCGGCUGCGGGUGCUGGCGGCGGCACUGGGCGGCUGCGGGCUGCUGCUGGGCUCGGCGCUGGCGGCGAGCGACGAGCGGCUGUUGACGGCGGCCGUGAUGCCCGCGCUCCGGGCUCUCCCUCCCGAGACCGCGCACGGGCUGGCCCUGCGCGCCGCCGCCUCCGGGCUGCUGCCUCCCGCACGGCAGGACGGCCCCGCGCUGGAGGUGCGAGUCCUCGGGCAGCGGUUCCGCAACCCAGUGGGCCUGGCAGCUGGCUUCGACAAGCAGGGCGAGGCUGUGGAUGGGCUGUACAGGAUGGGCUUCGGCUUUGUGGAAGUAGGGACUGUCACACCCAAGCCCCAGGAGGGGAACCCCAGACCCAGGGUGUUCCGGCUGGUGGAGGACGAGGCGGUCAUUAACAGGUAUGGAUUCAACAGCCACGGCCACGAUGCAGUGGAGCGCAGGCUGCGGGCCCGCCGGGAGACACAGCUCAGGCUGACUGAUGAGGGAAUGCCCCUUGGAAUCAACCUGGGCAAGAACAAGAGCUCUACCGAUGCUGCAGCUGACUAUGUGGCUGGGGUCCGGACACUGGGCCCUUUGGCUGACUACCUGGUUGUGAAUGUGUCCAGCCCAAACACCCCAGGGCUGCGGGACCUGCAAGGCAAGGCUGAGCUGCAGGACCUGCUGACCAAGGUGCUGGCAGAGAGGGAUGCACUGCCCUGUGAGCGCAAGCCAGCCGUGCUGGUGAAGAUUGCCCCCGACCUCACGGCACAGGACAAGCAGGACAUCGCUAGCAUUAUCUGCAAGCUCGGUGUGGACGGGCUGAUUGUCAGCAACACCACUGUGAGCCGACCCAGCAGCCUCCGGAGCAGGCAGCGCACAGAGACCGGGGGCCUCAGCGGGAAGCCCCUGCGAGAGCUCUCCACGCAGACCAUCAGGGAGAUGUACUCCCUCACCGGAGGCCGGGUGCCCAUCAUCGGCGUGGGUGGGGUGAGCAGCGGGCGUGAUGCUCUGGAGAAGAUCCGCGCUGGAGCCUCCCUUGUGCAGAUGUACACGGCACUCGUUUACCACGGGCCGCCGGUGGUUGGGGCAGUGAAGCGGGAACUGGAGGAGCUGCUGAGAAGCUGCAUAUGGGAUGGAUCCACACAAAGCUCACCAGGGCUCCCCUCGCAGACCCGUCUGCCUGAGGCUGGGCCCUUGGAAGGUGCCGAAUUCCAUUUCUUCCCUUUGCUGCCAUCUCUUCAGGUCUUUCUUGCGCAACAUGGGCUUGACCUGGACAUAGCGAUCGUUUCCUCUGCAGUUUCUCGAAAUCCACCCUGCAGAGCAGGAUUGCAUCACAGCGCUUCCCUCCACCAAACCUGUUUACAGGAGGAGCAGGACUGCUGACCCCGCUCUCGGUGGCCCUUGGUUUGUGUCAGGACUGUCACUUGCCUGCUCCCCUGCUUCCACAGCGCUCUGCUCCAGCCCAUUUGUUUCCUAGAUCCCCUUCUUUGGGCAGAUGGUGCUUGUUGCUGCUCUAACAGGGAUGUGACCUGGUCUGUUGGGGAGGAUUUUGACAUGCUCUCUCUGGAGGGGGCCUGGGAGGCGGUUGCUCUCCCGGUCUGGUGGCCAUCAUGGCUGUGGGAGCAGAUUCUUCCCCUCUGCUCCACUCUGGUGAGACCCCACUCAGAACCCUGCAUCCAGUUCUGGAGUCCUCAGCACAGGAAGGACACGGAUCUGUUGGAGUGAGUCCAGACAAGGCCAUGGAGAUGAUCUGGGAGCUGGAGCACCUCCCAUAGGAGGACAGGCUGAAAGUUGGGCUUGUUUAGCCUCAAGAAGGGAAGGCUCCCGGGAGACCUUAAAGCAGCUUCCAGUAGUGAAAGGGGCUCCAGGAAAGCUGGGGAGGGGCUUUUUAUCAAUAAGUUCAGGGAUAGGACGAGGGAAUGGUUUGAAGCUGAAAGAGGGGAGAUUUAUAUUAGAUAUUAGGAUGAAAUUUUUUCCUGUGAGGGUGAUGAGGCAGUGGCCCAAGUUGCCCAGAGUGGCUGCCCCAUCCCUGGAGGUGUUCAAGGCCAGGCCGGAUGAACCUUUGAUCAGCCUGAUCCAGGGGAAAGUGUCCCUGCCUGUGGCAGGGGGUUUGGAAUUGGAUGGGCUUUAAGGUCCCUUCUGAUCCUAACCAUUCUAUGAUUUCAAGCGUGGUUGCAUGACUGUGGCUGGUGCUGGGCCAGACAUCUCAAGCCCUGCAUCAUUUAGGGGGACAGGCACCCCAGGAGGUGGGAAGAAGCUUGCACAGGACGGGAAAGCCUGCUUCUGGAGUGUCUGCAGCCAGACACAGAGGUUCCUCCUGAGCCUGAAGGACUGGAGUGUCCAAGGGGUUCACUGGUGGGACCCUCAGUAGGCUGGGUUUCCUUGGGUGAGGGCUGGCCCUACACCUUCCAGAUGGUUUCGGGGUGCCCUCACUGCAACACUGGCACCCUGGGGUAGGUAAGGUGGGUAGGGGUGCCUAUCCCCUCCCCUCCAUGCUGCCCCUUGGUUGUGCUCCUGCUGGAAGCAGACUCCGCUCACCGGAGCAGAGCUCUGCCCUGCGCCCUUGCCAGGUCACAUCCAGCUGGGCAGUGGCCAGCGAUUGCUGCUACGAGUUCCCGUAAGGCUGGGCUGGGCCCUGGCCUUUGCUGACAAACAACCUUCACCCAAGGGCCAGAGACUGCUGGGAUGUGGGGCUGGAGCCCACUGGGCAGGAAGGGGUGGGUGCUUAUGGGAGGUCAGCUUGGCCACAGUCCCUUGGAGCUGGCAAGGGACACGCUGCGACCCUUUGUCCAGCCAGGCUGGCACUGCACAGGGCACUGGCAGCACCGAGCCCCGCUGCACCCUGGCUUUGCGGAGCAGCUGGCAGGAUGCACGCUGGCCACGGCAGAGCCAGGCAUGGGAUGGAGUGGCACUCAACUACUCUGCUCUGGCUUUGCCAACCAGGGCUGGAGCAGCUGCCCCUGCCCGAUGGGGCUGCCAGGUGCCCCACAGGGACUACUCUAGCUUGUGGUGUGGGGCAGGGGCUGGCGCUGGUGUCAUAACAGGGCCCCUCCAACCCCUUGGACAGCCUGGUCUGCACCAGCGUCUGCAGCCAGCUCCCUCUCCACAUAUUUGUAUUUGCAAAAUCCCGGAAACUCUUGGCACACUGGCUUCCCAUGGGGGCUC